UUUCAGGAGUAAGACUUUUUGUCAACCUUGACUUCUCUUUGGAUAUGGAGAAAGCAAAAGGCAAAAAGGGCUCCACGAAGUCGGGGGAAGACUACCUGGCUGGCCAAUCCCAACCUGUGUCGGAAGAAGCCAAAGAGAAACAGCAGGCGUACGGUGAACCAAAGUUACCAGGAACCUCAGCAAGUGGGACCAAACGGAAGAGAUCUAUGAAAGAAGGCAAAGCUUCCUGUUCAGAAAAGACGGCACAAGAGAGUACAAGAGUAAGAAUUCGGAAGAAAAUCCCAGUUCCUCCAUUACCUUCGAAACUGCCACCAGCCAACUUGCUUCACCGAGACAUCCUGCGGGCCUGGUGCCAAGAACUCAAGCUGAGCACCAAAGGCCAGAAAUUAGAUGUAUAUAAGCGAAGCUGCGAAUAUGCUUACCCAGAUCAAAAGACGAACAUUCCUGUCACCGCAGAGGAGGCCAAGAUUCUCACCCAGACACAAAGAAGGUUGAUGAUGGACAAGGGGGAAAUGUCUCUGCAAAGUCCUGGAACAAAGAUACCUUCUGAUGGAACCUACCCUCCUGAAGUGGCUGCCCCCGCUGAGGGGUCUGAUGCUCUCCUGGAGGAGGUCAAUACUGUUGUUGUGACCACUUCGGCCCCAGAUUCCGUGUUUGCCUCCUGGUCCAGAAUUGCAGCCAGGGCUGGGAAGAUGGAGACAGUGGCAUCGCCACAGGAGGCCCACGGUGCCAAGUGGUGUGUGGUCCAUGGGAGAAGUAUGCCUGCAGACACAGAAGGUUGGGUUCACCUGCAAUUUCAUGCAGGACAAGCCUGGGUGCCUGAAAAGCGGGGGAGAGUAUGCGCCCUCUUCUUGCUCCCCGCUUGUAACUUUCCACCCCCACAGCUGGAGGACAACAUGCUGUGCCCCAAAUGUGUUCGCAGGAAUAAGGUGUUAAUGAAAAGCCUCCAAUGA